AUGUUCGUCAGGUUACAAGAUCACCAAGACGGCAUGGACCGCCUGCCGCCACCACAACCGAUGAGCUACCACCAGAGCCGGACCGACGACGUACCACGGGUGCUCCCUAGCCUCUCAUCAUUUAGCUUUGACGAUAGGAUGGAUCUGGACGCUCGCAACAACACGAAGCCGGGCCAGCGUCAUGAGGUGGAAGUGGCAACAACGUUGGCCUCUAUGGCAUCCUUCAACAUCAAGUCGCCUACUCUCCCUUCUCCCACUCAGAGCUUCACCUCAAUCAAGUCAGACGCGAUGACGAGAUCAACUAAUUCUCAAUCCUCAUCCCCGGAGCCGCGGUCACCGGAGCUCCCUUCCGUCAUCAGUCAACUUUCCUUCACCAAGGACACCACGGCACACAUCACUCUUCCCCGCCUUCGUGAACUGGAUCUACGACUCCCCGAGCCCGAAUUUGUUCCCAGCCCGAGCUUCAUGCCGUCUGCAAUGGCCGGAGGGCUCCGCCGAAGUAGUAUCGACUCCCUCGGCUCCUUUCAAGAACCCAGGAUGGACCUCUCUUCGCCAACAGCCUAUCGAAUCCCGAUGCCACCGAUGGCCUACCCGGACGCUUUACCCUCGCCAACUUUCGGCAAUUCCCACCGCAACCCCCUCUCGCCACCCAGCCGCCGCCUCCAGCACAGGUUACCAGUCACUCUAAGGACUGGCUGCAGUCCCAGCCGGAGGCCUCGCCGCUCACCCACGGGGUCCCGUUGCAACGUAAAGUACACGAUUCAGCAGGUUGACUUUAUUGACUACUUCCGCGUCGACCACCACCUAUCCUGGAAGGAGGUCGAGGCCAAGUACGCCUCAGUCUUCCCCGAGGACGCCGCAAAGGGCCACAAGCGUGGGCCCCAGGGACUGCAGGGUGUCUACUACCGCAAGAACAAGCAGAUUCCCGCCACGGACCCAAACAACCUCCUCGUCUUUGACGAGGACGACAACCCCAAGACAUUCCAGUGCGAUGUUCGGGAACAGGGCAAGAAGAUGAACAACUCAAUCGGCCUAUUGGGCAUGCACCCUGAGCGCGCCAUUACCUACGCGUGGGUUUCGGAAGAGCACAAACGGCAGUACGACAAGCUUGGUCGCGCAAGACAAGCACAGCUCGACGCCGCAGAGGCACGGAAGAAGAGGAGGCGAGCCAUCCAAAACAGCCGUCUUUGA